CUCCAGUCUCUUCAAGCAGCCUUUGGUUAAGUGACAAUAACAUCACCUUAUGUCUCCUGAGCCUUACGAAACUCUCCGCACACAUGGAGCACUGUAGAGGUCUUCCAUGACGUAGUCACUGCUGUGUGCCUAUCUAAAUGCGCUGCUAUAUGUAUUCCACAGCCUCCGUGGUUCCCCCCCCCCACAGGUUCAUCCCCAUUGUGCCGUCCCACCACACACCUGACCAUCCUCCACCAUGGAAGGCCUGCGGAUCGUCGCCUGCUUCUUCUCCUUCGUAAGCCUUUUGCUACUCAUCGUUGCCCUGGCUUCAGACUACUGGGCAGUGGAUCCAGACGGAAGCAGUCAUGUAGGAUUGUGGCGAGGGUGUGCUGGUAACACUUGUAUAUCAUAUGGGAUGCGUGUUGCAGGUUAUUUCCAUGCCACCCGAGCCUUCCUGUUCAUGGGGAUGGUUGCUGGUGCCAUUUCAUGCUUUGGCCUUUGUACCUCGUUUUUCCGCACCCACAUUGGCUCCAUUUCCAUAAAGGUUCUUGCCGUGUCGGCCAGCUUCGUGGCAGGUGUUUGCUCCCUGAUUGCCAUGUCCACAUUCACAGGAGUGUACAAUGAUAUAAUGUUAUUUGCCGGGACAGGGUUUGGAUGGUCCUUUGGUGUUGGCUGGGCCUCGUUCCCUCUGUUUCUUAUUACCGGUGGGCUUGCUUACAAGGCAAUCUCUAGUACUCCAUAGAGAUGAACUGCAACUUUGGGAUGCUGUCUGGUUCUCAACUGCUAGUACAGAGCUCAGAUCCAGGGAACUCAUUCUGGAGGAAAGGAGAAAGGCAGCACCCUCACUUUUUAUGGAAAGAAAAUAAAUAAUUUCUCCUCUUCAAGUUGUUUGCUUUUGUGUGAAGAAUUUUUUAUAGCCAAUGCUGCUCUUUCCAUGUCCAAAUUUCCAAA